AUGAAGAAAUACGGUCCAGAUAUUACUAAACAUUCAAACUCCUGGACUAUUGCUCCACUGAUGAUCGACUCAUUAACGGCUUAUAUUGUUCGAGAAGCAAACUCACCUGUUAAAGAUGUCUAUCCUUUCAAAGCUGAAAAUCCAAAUGAGUUGGAAAUGGAAUUUCGUUUCGAAUGCUCUUCUGAAGUACAUGCAACAGAAAUUCAAAAAAAGAUCGUUGAUGAUGUCUAUGGAAUCGAAGUAAUAUUUCAUUUUGCCGGCGCUAGACAAGUGAAAACCAAUGCGAUUUUGGUCACCGAUGAAAUACUGAAAGCUGCGAUCAAGAUGACGAUUGCCGAUGGUGGUAAUACCAACGCUGAAUAUAUACAUCGGAAUCAAGGAUCAGCAUUUGUCAGCAAAUUAAUGACCAAUAUCAAGUCGAUGAGUUACAUCGAGGAUUGGAGUGAAAAUGGUCUAUCAAUGUUUACCAUCCUACAAGAGCAAUUCAAUGCAUUGUUACAACAAGCAUUGAUUUUAUCGGCUCAGACAAAACUUGCCAUCAAUCUCUACAAUCAAGUUUGGUCUGCUCAGGACUUAAAUCCUGAUCGAAUUACUAGUGAAUUCAACAAAUUGUUCACUUACAAUAAGACUGCAACAGAGAAUCACAACCAGUCGGACCAGUACUUCGAUUUUCAUAAAGAAAAUUCACAAUCAUCGAGUGAAUCAGAAGGUGGCGAUUUCGGUUAUAUGGGCCUCAGUAUUGACGCUCAAGGUGCAACAUCUAGUUCAACUUCAAAUCGUCUUUCAAAUACGACAAAGUCAGUAUUUUCACUAGCCGAAAUCCAAGAUUUACUCAAGCAAGAAUCAAUUGAAAUGGCAUGGACUGGUGAAAAGUUCAUACCGAAGUCAUUCUCUGUUUAUCGACUGACUGAUAUCACCGAUCGUCUAAAAGUUCACAUUAGUUCACUACGACUACUUGCUGAGAAGAAAAGUGGUGGUAUUGUUCGUGCAGUCAAUCUCAGAAACAAACCGUUAACAGCAUCAGAAGGAUACUCAUCACAAUUUGUAGGUGAAAUAAAGUUGUACUCGGGUGAUGCAUCAUUUCUACCACGUCGCUGGGUGUUCUGUCACGGGCAAGCUCUUUCUCGAAUCGAAUAUCAUAAGUUGUUUUCUGUCAUCGGUGAAUCAUUUGGAACCGGGGAUGGUAAAACAACAUUCAAUGUGCCUGAUUUUCGUGGUCGAUUUCCAUUAGAUCUCAAUCCAAGUGAAUAUCAGCUAGCCAAUUUUAAGACCGAAGGCAAAGCAACACAAACACUUACUACUGAUCAAUUGCCUAGUCAUCACCAUAGUGCUGAUAGAUUAUACACUACCGAUGCGGGGACACAUAGCCAUACAAUCAACGAUCCAGGCCAGAAUCAUGGAGGUAACACGAAAGAAUCACAACAUCAAUCUUAUCGGAGAUCUACUAGCCCCUUCUAUAAGCUCCACCGCGACCAACGCGCCGACAACGAUGGUGAUCGCAACGAUCUGCACUUUCGUCAGUACGUUAUUCCGAUGAGAAGAACUAAAAUAACCCUCAACGAUGAUGGCACUUAUUCUUAUUCAAUUGAGGGCUCAACCGGUUCGAUUGGUGGUGGAAAUUCAUCCGGCAUUAUGCCACCUUAUCAGACAAUCAAUUAUAUUAUUUUCACCGGAGAUUAG